CUCUCUCUCUCUCUCUCUUCCAUAAUCUUAGAGGAGAUAGACACAAAGAAAGGAAGAAGAAAGAAAGACCAAGAGAGAGAGAGAGAGAGUGAAGCUCGAAGGAGGGCAACAAUGGCGACGUCUUCCCCCUUAUUCUUCUCAUUCUCCCUCCUUCUCUCCCUCCCUCUCGUCCUUCUCCUCGCCCCUCGUCUCCUUUCCCCCAAAACCCUUCCUCCCAUUCCUGCCGCCAACGAGCUCCAAGACCUGGCUCUCUUCCGUCGCGCCACCCUCUCCUCUUCCAACCUCUCCUCCUCCGAUCUCCAUUCAACUCGUCCCAAGAUCGCCUUUCUCUUCCUCACCAAUUCCGACCUCUCCUUCUCCCCUCUUUGGGAACUCUUCUUCUCAUCCCACUCCUCCCUCUUCAACGUCUACGUCCAUGCUGACCCUUCUACCCACCUUCUCCUCCCUCAAACCCCCUCAUUCCGACAUCGUUUCAUCCCUUCUCAACCUACUUCUCGCUCAUCCCCUACUCUGAUCUCCGCCGCUCGCCGCCUCCUCGCUGCCGCUCUCCUCGACGACCCUCUUAACUCCUUCUUUGCCCUUCUCUCCCAGCACUGCAUCCCUCUCAACCCUUUCCCCUCUCUGUACCACUCCCUCCUUUCCCAACGCCCCCUCAAGAGCUUCAUCGAGAUCCUCGCCGAUGAACCCAGUCUCCACGCCCGCUACGUCGCCCGAGGCGACCUUACCAUGCUUCCCGAGGUGCCCUUCCCUCAAUUCCGCGUCGGAUCCCAGUUCUUUGUCCUCACUCGCCGCCACGCUCUCCUCGUUGUUCGUGACCGUCGGUUAUGGAAAAAAUUCCGCUUGCCCUGCUUGAAAUCCCGGGAAUCCUCCUGCUACCCCGAAGAACACUACUUCCCCACCCUCCUUUCCAUGCGCGACCCCGCCGGUUGCUCUGGCUACACCCUCACCAGAGUCAAUUGGACGGAAAGUGUCGACGGCCACCCGCAUUUGUAUGGCCCCGGCGAGGUCUCCGCCGACCUCAUCAGGACGCUCAGGAAGUCCAAUUCUUCUUAUGAGUAUAUGUUUGCCAGGAAAUUCUCGCCCUCGUGCUUGGAGCCAUUGAUGGAGCUUGCGAACACUGUGAUUCUCAAGGAUUAGGGCUCUCUCUUUCUCUUUCUCUUUUUUUCUUUUUCUCUGUUUCUUCUCUUUGAGAACAAAAAGAGUGAAUCUUUGCGAGUUUUAGUGGGUGGUCUGGUGUCUGUGCUGAAGACUACUGAGGGGUGAUCAGAGGAGCUUGUAAGACUGAACAAAUGCACAUCUGUAACACCAUCUCUUCUUCUCAAAUCAAGUGGGUUCCCUUACUACUCUUUCUUAUAUGUCACACAUGAAAAAAAUAAAUAUAUAUAUAUAUAUAUAAAACACUUGUAUGCAUGUAAAUGUAUAUCUAUAAUAUCUUGUUAUGAACAACAACAUUGUUAUCUUCAUGAAUAGAUAUUUAUUACUUUAAUUACUUUGACAUAAGAGUCAAGGUUGAUGCUUUCCUUUC